CAGUGGCAAAUAUUUUGUUAAAAACAGAAAGCCUUAAUUUAUUUAUUAUUCUAAUGGCCUAUGCUCCAGCGGGUAACAGUAAGCAAGCUAUAGCACGCUUACGUGAAUUUGGAUAUGCUUUUAAUGAAGCCGGCGAAUUGCGAAGAAUAGAUGCAUAUACUGGCAGACCUGGUGAUAAGCCUUUUAUAUUCGAGAUAAGCAAAAGUCAGGCAGAGAAUCAAGCGCAUUAUGAGAAACUAGCCGACCAAAUUCCAGAAAUCGUCUAUGAGUUGCUCGAGAGAAAUGGCCUCAGCCGAACUUACAUACCGCUUGGAAUGCCGCCAGACCGCUCCACAUUUAUUUUUACAAGUGCAUUAAAGGGUUGCAAGAAGUUGCUGGUGCUAAUCCAUGGGAGUGGAUAUGUUCGCGCUGGUCAAUGGGCCAGAAGCUUGGUAAUCAAUAACUCUCUGGAUCAUGGCACUCAGCUGCCGUAUAUUCAGCGCGCCCAGAAGCUUGGCUAUGACAUUGUUGUGACCAAUACCAAUGACAACGACCGCACCAUAGAUGGCCAGUCCAUGCCCAUAAAAGGUGUGGAAAAUGCACACAAACAUGCAGCUUAUGUGUGGAAACAUAUUGUAAUGCCAGCCAAGCCUGAGAGUGUUGCUAUUGUGGCACACAGCUUUGGUGGGCUGGUCGUAAGAGAUUUGGCUGAAGAGUAUAGCGACUUCUUCAGGGAGAAGGUCUUUGCCAUUGCUCUAACAGAUCCAACCAUAAGUACAGCGCCCGCUUGCUGUAAGAAAUACUUUCUGGAUGUAACCUGCAAUUGGGUGUCCAGCAACAAGCCGCUGGAUGCCGAAGUAGCUCGUGCUCAUGCCAGCGAAUAUAUCAAAUGCGUAUCAGCUGGACAUCCCAAACACGAAUGGUCCUCAUACUCGGCCAUGGAGUCUGUCAUUAAGUUCAUCGAAGAUAAGUAUGAGCAGCGUGUGCACGCCAAGUAGUUAGUUGGAUGAGUCUGCUAUCUGUCACACGCUUUUUGUUCCCGGUUCGCACACACACACACACACUUGACACUUAUCCCUUUUCUCUAAGGAGCAACACAAACUAUCGAUUUGUUAUGCAUAAAUCAAACAGCUGAAAACAAAUCCGCCCCCACCAACAAAACGUCAUAAUGCCACUCAGAUAUGUCAGCAACACUCACCAUCAAGGCCACUUAAUUUGAUUUUCGGCACUUUGGCACAUUCCAUGUGAGUUAAUCAAGUUGAUGGCUCAUGUAUAAAACAAAAAUGACUGCAUGUCCGGUCAAACAACGCUAAAAAACAAAACACAACCCACACUCCCAAGAUAUAUCUCAGAUAAGAAAGGCUGCCCACAUUUUGGGGUUGCUCAAAAGUCAAGCUAGUUUAGGCUGUAACGCUCAAAGCCAUCUUCUACCCUCCUGUAAUACUAGCCACAUCGUUUAACAAAGUGCGCCAUAAAAAAUGUCCCUAGUGACGAAGAUUGUCAUACAUUUGUCUAUACCAUAUCAAAUAUAAUAUUCGAAUCAUUCAAUCAUUGAAAAAAAAACCUUUUUGGUUAAGUAGGGCUUAAAGCCAGGCUAAAGCUAAUGGCAUAAAAACUGAAAAUUAGUGAGGCAACUAAAAGAUCAUGUGCCUAAAAUUAAAUGCUUUGAAUUUAUAAAUUAAGAAGA